ACCGUAACCCUAGCUCUCUCCUUUUCCCUUCAUUUUUGGUAUUUAUUUUUAUUUGUAUUUUAUAUACUCUCUAAUCUCUUAUCACCUCACCAAAACCCUAGCUCCUCCACUGACUGCCGCCAAUAUCAACCAGAACUGAAUUGAUUUUUUAUAAGCUUCGAAAACGAUGUCUGACGACGAGAGAGAGGAGAAGGAGCUGGAUCUCACCUCCCCUGAAGUUGUUACUAAAUACAAGAGCGCUGCUGAGAUCGUUAACAAGGCUUUGCAGUUAGUUGUAAAAGAAUGCAAACCAAAAGCUAAGAUUGUUGACAUUUGUGAGAAGGGUGAUGCGUUCAUCAGAGAGCAAACGGGCAACAUGUACAAGAAUGUUAAGAGGAAGAUUGAGAGGGGUGUUGCCUUCCCUACUUGCCUUUCUGUGAACAACACUGUCUGUCAUUUCUCUCCGCUUGCUAGUGACACGUCGGAGUUGGAAGAAGGUGAUAUGGUGAAGAUUGAUCUAGGUUGCCACAUUGAUGGGUUUAUUGCUGUAGUUGCGCAUACUCAUGUUGUUCAGGAUGGGCCAGUCACUGGCAGGCAGGCUGAUGUUGUCGCUGCUGCAAAUACUGCUGCUGAAGUGGCCUUGAGGCUUGUCAGGCCUGGAAAGAAGAAUAAGGAUGUAACAGAUGCAAUUCAGAAGGUAGCUGCAGCUUAUGACUGCAAAAUUGUUGAAGGUGUUCUUAGCCAUCAACUGAAGCAGUUUGUGAUAGAUGGAAACAAAGUCAUACUAAGCGUCUCCAAUCCUGAUACAAGAGUUGAUGAUGCGGAGUUUGAGGAGAAUGAAGUAUAUGCAGUAGAUAUAGUCGCAAGCACUGGUGAAGGCAAGCCGAAGCUGUUGGAUGAGAAGCAGACAACUAUUUAUAAGAGAGCUGUUGACAAGAAUUAUCAUUUAAAGAUGAAGACCUCUAGAUUUAUUUUCAGCGAGAUAAAUCAGAGAUUUCCCAUCCUGCCAUUCACUGCUCGGGCUUUGGAAGAGAAAAGAGCUCGUCUAGGUUUAGUUGAAUGUGUGAAUCAUGAUCUCUUGCAGCCUUAUCCUGUUCUUCAUGAGAAGCCUGGUGAUUAUGUUGCUCAUAUCAAAUUCACUGUAUUGCUAAUGCCUAAUGGAUCAGAUCGAAUCACAUCCCAUCCUCUGCAGGAGCUGCAACCAACCAAGACAAUAGAUGAUCCUGAAAUCAAGGCCUGGUUAGCAUUGGGAACAAAGACAAAGAAAAAAGGUGGUGGGAAGAAGAAGAAAGGUAAGAAGGGUGAUAAAGCUGAGGAAUCAACGGAGGCCGAGGCCGAAGCUGAAGCUGAGCCAAUGGACGCAACAACAAAUGGUGGUGCAUCUUAAUAAAUAUUCCCAUGUUCAUUUCUCACCUUAUUUUUCAAUUUUGUUACUGUGGUCACUUGUACCUGGUUGGUUAUGAGUUAAAUUUAAUAUAGUACAUCAGACAUUGAUCCUAA